UUCUGUGGUAAAACCUUUAGCCGGGCUGGUAAUCUCAAUGUUCACCGCAGGACCCACACUGAAGAGAAGCCCUACAGCUGUGAUUUCUGUGGUAAAACCUUUAACGAGGCUGGCAAUUUCACAGUUCACCGCAGGAUCCACACUGAAGAGAACCCCUACAGCUGUGACAUUUGUGGUAAAAAGUUUAACCAGGCUGGCAAUUUCACAGUUCACCGCAGGAUCCACACUGGGGAAAAGCCCCACAGCUGUGACCUCUGUGGUAAAACCUUUAGGGUGGCUACAACUCUCAAUGUUCACCGCAGGAUCCAUACUGGAGAGAAGCCCUACAGCUGUGACCUCUGUGGUAAAACUUUUAACCAGGCCGGCCAUUUCACAGCUCACCGCAGGAUCCACACUGAAGAGAAGCCUUACAGCUGUUACCUCUGUGGUAAAACCUUUGGACGGCUUGAUAGUUUCAGAAAUCACAGCUGGAUCCAUACUGGGGAGAAGCCCUACAGCUGUGACCUCUGUGGUAAAAAGUUUAACCGGCUUGACAAUUUCACAGUUCACUGCAGGAUCCACACUGGGGAAAAGCCCCACAGCUGUGAAUACUGUGAUAAAGCCUUCUCUACCUCAGCUGCUCUGAAGAAUCACAGCAGGAUCCACACAGGAGAGAAGCCCUACAGUUGCCCACACUGUGACUACUCAGGUAAAACAAAUGGCAAUCUGAAGAGUCACCUGCGUACUCACAAUAGAAAAGACCCAAAGCAGUGAUGUCUGGGGCCAAGCUGUCCCAGCAGUCACCACCUGAGAGAACUUCUGUAUGACCCACAGCUGGAAGAACUACUGGCCUGCACCUACUGGGACAGCACAUGCAGUAACACCAGAUCUACAGUCCAACAUGACUGCACACACACAGGAAAUAAUACUCUACCCCUGUAACAAUGGGAGGGAAGCUG